UUAAUCCAUCUCCUUUCCCCUCUUUGUUUUUUGGUCUGGAUUCUAGGUGACAUCCAUGGCCAGUAUGGUGAUCUUUUGAGGCUUUUUGAAUACGGGGGAUUUCCUCCUGAGGCUAAUUAUUUGUUUUUAGGGGACUAUGUGGAUCGUGGCAAGCAGAGUCUGGAAACAAUAUGCCUUCUACUUGCAUACAAAAUUAAAUAUCCUGAGAACUUCUUUCUCUUGAGAGGAAAUCAUGAAUGUGCUUCUAUUAAUCGGAUUUAUGGAUUUUAUGAUGAAUGUAAGCGCCGAUUCAACGUGAAGCUAUGGAAAUGCUUCACUGAAUGUUUCAAUUGUCUUCCCGUUGCUGCUCUCAUAGAUGAGAAAAUAUUGUGCAUGCAUGGUGGUCUUUCUCCAGAUCUAACAAACUUAGAUCAGAUAAGAAAUUUACCUCGUCCAACUGAUGUUCCAGAUUCUGGUUUGCUCUGUGAUUUGCUUUGGUCAGAUCCUAGCCGGGAAGUUAAAGGUUGGGGAAUGAAUGAUAGGGGAGUUUCGUAUACUUUUGGUCCUGAUAAGGUUGCAGAAUUCUUGAUGCAACAUGAUAUGGAUCUUGUUUGUCGUGCCCACCAGGUAUUUAUAUGA